UCAAACAAGUCUGUGCUUUCCCUCAGACCUGGCUGGGGAGAAGGUUCCAGCCCCCAGGAGAUGCUCUAAAAGAUCGAGCCUCUGCUGAGGCAAAAAGACAGUUGCUGGUGAAAAGGCAGACAAGAUAAAAAAGACGAUCCUGAACCAGGGAAGUUAAGAAACAGCAAGAGCAAGGAAAAAUGAUCGGCUCCUGCAAAUUGGGAUUCAUUUUUGGAUCCUGCCUUCUGCUGACUCUCAUCUUGUGUGACACAGCAUUGGGCAGGGCACCACAAAAGCAGCAACCUCAGAAGGACCAGGAGGAGACUCAGGAAGAGGUUAAGGUGGAGGACCUACCACCACCAUUGCUGGAUCAAACUGAAAAGGUUGAAGAUCAUCAUGAAAAGAACAACCCCAGCCUGGAAGAGCAGCCGUCUGACUCUAAAUGUUUCCGCUGUUGUGACAACCCCAUGUACCAGCCAAUGUCAAUGCCAAUGCCAAUGCCUCAGAUCAACAUCACUAUCUUAAAAGGUGAAAAGGGUGACAGAGGAGAGCGAGGCCUCCAAGGGAAAUAUGGCAAAACAGGAUCCAUUGGUGCCAGGGGCCAUAUUGGACCAAAGGGACAGAAGGGUACAAUGGGGGCUCCUGGGGACCGAUGUAAGAACCACUAUGCAGCCUUCUCAGUGGGACGGAAGAAGCCCUUGCACAGCAAUGAUUACUACCAGACACUGAUUUUCGACAUGGAAUUUGUCAACCUCUAUGGUCACUUCAACAUGUUCACAGGUAAAUUCUACUGCUACGUGCCGGGCAUCUAUUUCUUCAGUCUCAAUGUGCACACUUGGAACCAAAAGGAGACUUAUCUCCACAUCAUGAAGAAUGAUGCUGAGGUGGUGAUACUCUAUGCCCAGGUGAGCGACAGAAGCAUCAUGCAGAGCCAGAGCCUGAUGCUGGAGCUUCAGGAGCAGGAUGAGGUGUGGGUACGGCUCUUCAAGGGGGAGCGGGAGAAUGCCAUCUUCAGUGAUGAGUUUGACACCUACAUUACCUUCAAUGGGUAUCUGAUCAAGCACAAUGCUGAGCCAUAAGCCAGCUCAUCAGCCUCUUUCCUAGUCCCAGAGGUUAAAUACAAUUUUUGAUCUUUCUGUGGCCUUCUCUCCGUGAUAACCAAGCACCAGGCUGAAUCCCUCCUGAAAUGCCACUCUCCUCCUGGAUUGCUGCUUCCACUCUACCUACAUCCCACAGGAUUCUUAUUAAAUGAAAAAUGCUCUCUAUUCCUAAA